AUGUCGCAGUUCCGUUCUGAAGAAAUGCAGCUUGUGCAGCUGUUCAUCCAAAGUGAAGCUGCACAUGACACCUUGCAGGCGCUGGGGAGCUUGAAUGAUGGCGAUGGCGCCAUUCAGUUCAAGGACUUGAACUCAGACAAGAGCGCUUUCCAGCGACUGUUCGUCUCAGAUGUUCGUCGGUGUGACGACAUGCUCCGUAUCAUGAGAUUUCUCAAGGAGAUGAUGGCGAAGGAGAAGGGCAUUCGCAAGAUCGAUGCUGGCAGUAGGCUUCCAACUCUUCACGAGCUGCACGACCGUCUGAUUGAGCUAGAGAAGGAGCUGAAACAGCAUAGCUCUGCGUUCACCCAGCUUCAGAAGCAAGACAACGAGCUCCGAGAGCACAGCAUUGUGCUCGAGAAGGGGGAGGACUGGUUCUCUUCAGCUUACAGCCGUGGGGUUGCAUUCACCGCUCCUUCGACGCGUGAGGAUGGCACGGUUGAGAUGACUGCCAUGGAAGAUGGCAUGAUGGGGACUAGAUCGCAGAGCAUGCUCGGUCACAUCGCUGGUUGCAUUCCCAGCGAGAAUGUGCAUGACCUGUCGCUGACCCUGUUCCGUGCAACUCGCGGCAACAUGCUUCUCCGUCAUGAAGACAUCAACGAUCCUUUCCCUGAUCCAAACACGGGUGAACCAAUCCAGAAGUCUGUGUUCGUCAUCUUCUUCUCUGGAGAGAGGUCUCGCAUUAAGAUCGAGAAGAUUUGUGACUCGUAUGGUGCAACCAAGUACAAGCUCCCAGAGGAGAGGGCUCAAAGAGACACCCUGAAGAACGAAGUUCAUGAUAAGAAGAAGGACAUGGAAACAGUCCUGAACAAGACCCGCGAGUUCAGAAUCCGCAAACUUGGAGACGUGAAGGGCAACAUCGAUGAAUGGUUCGACUUUGUCAUGAGAGAGAAGGCCAUCUUCUACACUCUCAACAUGUUCAACUAUGACGUUACCCACAAGUGCCUCAUUGCUGAGGGCUGGUGCCCGACAGAGGACAUGGACAAUAUCCGGGAGGCACUUCGCAAGGGAACCACGAUGAGCCAGGCGUCAGUGCAGACCGUGAUCAAUGUUGUGAAGAGUAGGGAAACUCCCCCCACAUUCUUCCGCAACGCUGUGUUCGCCAAGGGUACGCAGUCGAUCGUUGACGCGUAUGGUAUGGCGAGGUACCAAGAGUUCAAUCCGGCAACCUUCUCCUUCAUUACCUUCCCUUUCCUGUUCGGUGUGAUGUUCGGUGAUAUUGGCCACGGCUUCAUCAUGGCAUUGUGCGGGUUGCUUUUGGUUCUUUAUGAGAAGAAGCUCGCAUACCUUGCCAAGGAUGAAAUGUUUGGAACGGUGUACAAGGGCAGAUACAACAUCCUUCUUAUGGGUAUCUUUGCGACCUACUCUGGUUUUAUCUACAACGAAUUGUUUGCGGUCCCUUUGGAAAUCUGGGGAUCGACCGCCUGGUGCUCUGGUGAGAUGGCUGAGGAUGGAUCCUGCAUGGCGAUCCCAGGCACGGACCCAUCGAAGCAAACACAGAAGUGGCUGAGAACCAACAUCAACGAAGCUUUCGACCAUGGCAAAUCCACUGGAGCCGAGGUUUCCUGGGAGCCCUACCCCUUUGGAACUGACCCUGGUUGGGCUCACACCUCGAACAAGCUCAAUGCAGCCAAUUCGUUCAAGAUGAAGUUCGCGAUCAUUGCUGGAGUCAUUCAGAUGGUGGCCGGAGUUUGCACUAAGCUCAUGAACACCCUCUACUUUCAGGACUGGGUCACCUUGUACUGGGUGUACAUCCCUGAGAUGGUGUUCAUCAAUUCCAUCUUCGGCUAUCUUUGCAUCUUGAUCUUCACCAAGUGGACAACCAACUGGGAUGCGACUUUCGUGGUCAACAACGACUUCGUGGUGUCGAUCCCCCAGAGGUACUGCAUGAACGACCUGAGCAAUGUGCCCUGCUGGACUCCCCCCUUCAACCCCAGCAGGAAUGCCAUCUCGAGCUUGUCAAAACUUCCGAGUCACAUGUGGUGCAUGAAGAGCGACGCUCCCACCGCUGGUUGUGCCGUCUACAAGUACAAGGACAGGCUCAUCGUGGAGUCCAACGUGUUCGGCAACAACACUCUCAUCGACCCGACCAUCUUCAACUCGAGGGCCUGCGAGUCGUCGGCCGCUGGUUGUGUCAUGUGGAAGCAGUCUCCUCCUUCCCUCCUCGACUCGCUCAUCAAGAUGUUCAUGGACAUUGGAAACGUCCCGGUCGAGAACCAGAUCAUCCCCGGACAAGGCGGCCUUCAGGUCUUCCUGAUCCUCUGUGCGGUGAUUGCUGUGCCCUGCCUCCUGCUGCCAAAGCCCUACAUCCUUAAGUGGGAGCACGAGAAGCAGUCGCAGAUGGGUCACCGCCUCGAGGAUGAGCACGACACGGAGCUCGGACCAGCUGGAGGACAUGGCGGACAUGGACACGGACAUGGCGAGGAGUUUGACUUUGGGGAGGAGAUGGUGCAUCAGAUGAUUCACACCAUCGAGUACGUGCUGGGCUGCAUCUCCAACACCGCCUCCUACCUGCGUCUGUGGGCUCUUUCCUUGGCUCACGCUCAGCUCUCGGAGGUCUUCUGGGAGAAGACGGUGGUUGAGAUCGGCCUGGAGUCUGCCGACACCAUGAUGAUCUUCAUCUGCAUCGGGGCAUGGGCUUGCUUUACCGUCGGAGUUCUCAUGGGUAUGGAAAGCUUGUCGGCAUUCUUGCAUGCCCUCCGUCUCCACUGGGUUGAGUUCAUGAACAAGUUCUACUUCGGAGAUGGUUACAAGUUCAUGCCGUUCGCCUUCAACGACAUCGGUUCUGUCCUCGGCGAAACUGUCGAAUGAGCUCAAUGAGCUUGCGGGCCUUGAUGGUAGUCAUGAAGUUUUCUAGAUUUAAUAGACACAAGGCUAAAGCGA